AUGGCUGCCAACCGCCCCGCUGCCUACUCUGCGCCGCCGCCUGCUGCCGCUCAGCCGCAUGCCGCACCUCAGCAGCACGCCGCUGCGCCCGCUGCUCAGUCUGCUGGCCCUGGACUCUUCGGCCAGAUGGCAUCGACGGCAGCUGGUGUCGCUGUCGGCUCCACGGUCGGCCAUGGACUGUCCAACAUGCUCUUUGGCGGACGAUCCGAGCCCGCCGCCGAGGCCACCCAGGCUCCCCAGCCUGCCUUUGACCAGAGCCAGGCUUACUCGCAGCAGCAAAACGCCGGCGUCAACUGCGAGGUGCAGAGCCGUGACUUCAUCAAGUGCCUCGAGAGCACCAACGACAUGAACUCGUGCUCCUACUACCUCGAGCAGCUCAAGGCUUGCCAGGCUGCCGCGCGCCCUUACUGA